UGCAACAGGUAUCGGAGAUAAAUCCGCUGCGCACGUGUCUACGGGGAACGCUCAGAGCACUAGAGUUGGCCCGCGGCGAAACAAUGUGAAAUAUGUGCCCUAUAAUUCAAUGUCAACAACAACAGAGAACUGUUGUGAAUGCAGCGAAUGUUUGGCUAUACAAACUGAUGAUCAAGACCAGGUGAGGUAUUUGUUUCUCUCCCAUAUCAACCAUCAGCGCGAUGCUACAUGUUCUACUUGUCUGUGUAUUGAGGAGAGCCCUGUAAACUAUGCCUUUGACAUUUCGGCCGCAUCGGACGGGGAGGGCCCUAUAAAGGAUGCCUGGAAAACGCUAACAAAUAUGACAGAUAAUAAGGCUAGGCUGGGUUCGGCGAGGCAGGCAGCUGAAAAACUCAGGAGUGGAAGCGAAUCUCAAGCUGCCUGUAGUAAGCUGCCUGGGGUAAACGCUAAAAACAGAUCACCAUCUGCACGUGCUGCAACAUCGCGAUCAGCUGGGACGACGGCGACGCACGAUGUAGUAACAGUCCCUCGUGCGCGCGGAGCAAACGCGGAAGCGCCGAUAACAUGCAAAUGUCGGGAACGUGCAGCAGAGAUAAAACUAUCGAAACUGAAAAAAGUAAAUGGAUGUCGAAAUAAUUGCGCUGGAAAUGAUCGAUCAGGAAGUCGAAGUCGAUCGCAGUCCGCAGCUUCGGCGUCCAGUCGGGAUAGCGAAAGUAGGCAGAAGAAAGCGUCUUGUGCACCAAACAGUGAGAAACGGACUGACAGGAAUUCAAUGGAUGCCCGUCCGGCUCGAAAACUCGCCUCCUCACGCGCCGGGGCAGGCAUUAAGGAGAUAACAUCGCCACGCUCUAGCAAAUUAACAUCCAAGUCCGAGCUCACGGACAUCGGAGUACAAGAUAGAACCAUGUCUAAACAAUCAGCUGUUAAACCAGUUGAUGGGCAAGGGCGUUUAAAGAUAACCCGUCCCAGAUCGGGUGGACACAAACCAGACCCCAGGGUGAGGGCAGCUAAGGAGGGGUGUUCGACGGACCGAAGCGAUGUAAGUAGCUCUUCCUGCGCUGCCCGUAAGUCGCCAUCACCCAGAGAGAAAUCAGCCGAACCGUCUAAAGAUACGGUUAGAACGAAGGGUUCGCUGGUCAAAGGUGAUAAAACGGAGCCCUCGUCUAAUAAACCAACGUCUAAAGUUUCACCGAGAAAUAAUCCGCUGUUGGUCAAGGCGACGUCUAGUACUAGAAAUAUAACGGCUGGUGGAAAAAAGCUUUCCCCUAGAGCUGAAAGUAGUCAGUCUGGGAUUUGUCAGUCGCCCGACAGUUCCAAAUCACCUGGUGAUGCCCAGAAAUCUGUGCCCAGAUACUGUUCCGGAAGUACGGUGUCCAGUCGAAACAAAAGUGUACGUCUGACGAAAACUGGCUCGCCUCGAGAGACCGGCGUGGAAACUAACUCUAAACGCGAUCAAAGUGUAAGCGAUACUUCUGCAUCGGGGAAAAGUUACUCGAGUAGAAAGUCCAUUCCAGGAACUCAAAAUUGUAAGAUAAACUCCGCUAAGCCCGCAAGAAUAAUAAACAAAUCAAAAUGCAGCAAAAGCUCUUCAGCUUCCAAGACGAAGUCGGAAGACGCCGGGCACGCAUGUGACAGCAUUGACCUUUUAACGGCAUCGCCGGCUGCAGACGAAAUUCAAAACUCGAAUUCAAACUGUGAUUCUGCGAGUGACGCAGCCAUCAAAACUUCGGAUAAAUUGCCCGUAACUGAGACGCCUGGAGAUACAGAGCUCUCGGAGAAAAGGGGAAGUGGGGAUUCUUUAGGUUGGGAUGUUUACCCAGAAGAAUUUGGCGAUAGUAAAGAUGGCGCGGACAAGGGUGAUAGUGUCUCUGGGAGAGGCUCCAUAAAUACAUCAGUGGACCCUAGUGCCGAGCGUUUAGUCAAGUCCAGGGGGAAGGGUUUAUCAAGCCAGGGUACAAACUGUGAGGCAAGAUAUGCGGGGCACCCUGUGGCGUCGGCUAAAAACCCGGAGCAAAAAAGACAGUCGAAAGUGACAGCUCGAAGCAAAGCGUUGGGAAUAAGUGCUGGCAUUUCGCGACAGUCAACGCUAUCUAACGGGACAAGCGAUGACGUCGACCCCAAAAUCAGAGACGCUUGCGAGGGGACUGCUGUGACUUCCUCCACGUCUUCCAAGUCUAAAUGUGUGGUGGGGAAAAGAAAACCAGAUGGCAUGAGAACAGGCAAACUGCUGUCGUCGGAAAGUGGCAGAGGUAGCGUAGAAGCCAAUAAUAAUAGACACGCCAAAGUGGCCAUUACAAAACCAACCACACUUACCAGUGGCUUGGAGAAAGCAAGUACCAGUGGACAGUGGGCAAGUUGUAUUCCUAAGCCUUCUAAGGGAAGUGCCCCAAAGGGGGUCGCACCCCAGGGGACACAGUCUCAUCCUGACCCUUCUAGGACACAAACAGUGGCAGCUGAGGAUGGUGGUGAUACGGAAACCAAACGAGUUCAGUCAGAUCACGGUCCAAGGAAGAAGGCAUCGGCAACACCAUCGUCGUCUCUGUUACUGACGCAGGGCUGUGAUAAGCUCAAUGUUAACACUGCUCCAAGCCAGCAACUUGACCUUGACUCUGAAAGGUUGAGGUCAAACACCCACAUAUUUCCGACUGUCAGUGAUAAAACAGAGUCUCGUGUCUCUCAAGUAGAGGCAUCAGAGGCUGUCCAAAAGCCACAGUGUGAAGUGAGGCCAGAAUCAGGGGGCUAUCUUAAUGAGUGCAACAAUCACAAGCUCUCUGAGAUGCAGAGAGCCAACAUAAUGCCACAAGAAAGGGACAAUAAAAUAACAAUUGCCCAAGGAUCACUGUGCAAACAUAGAACAACAAGCACUUCAAAUGGCAUGAAACACUUCCCAGUCGAGAAGCCCAUGCUGGCAAAAAAUGACAAUGGCAAACAAAGCUGUGAUGAUAAUCCAGGAAGUUUUGUGUGUGAGGGGGCUUGUUCUGAGCAAGGCCCUUUUGUCAGUGUUGAUACACACUUGUUAACCCAAUCAACAGCUGAUGGAGCUUCUGAGAGUGAAACACCUGCAGAGAUACACAGGAAGCCUUACAGAGAAACAGAGGCAAGGGUCAAAGAGGGAUUUAUAGAAAACAGAAGGAGCGAAGAACGAGUGCUGAGAAAUAACAUCACAACAGAAACUCAAGACAAACAUUGCACAAAUAUCACAGGGCACCACGGUGAAAAAAUAGUUACAACUGGAACUAGCCUGCACAUCAGACUAGCCAGCAGCAAAGAGCAGGAAAAGACCAUGGAUGAUACUGGUUCAAAGCAACGUGGUGAAGUUGUAAACUGUCCAUCCCACUUUAAAGGGGAAUCAGGUUCUACCACACCUGCCAAACUUAACUCGGUUAGUGUUAGCUGCCUGAACUGGAAUCCUAAGCAUGCUUGCGUUGAGGAGAAGCCAAGAGUGCUCUCUGAAGCGGCUGUGGUGUCCACUCCAAAGUUAGAGAGGUCAGCGAUUUGCUUCACACCGUCUGUACGAACUAAGCUCAUCCCCACCACUGUCAAACUUAAUAACCUCUGCAGCGUUCUGAACAUCAGCACGGCCGAAGGGUCAGUUGAUGGUGCUGAAGAGGCUAAUGUCCAAAUUCCAAAACAAUCAACUUGUGAAGGCCCUUCGGGCAAUGCGAGGCUUAAUGACUUGACAAGUGAGGUACAAAGUGAUUUCAACAGCAAUCCCACCAGCAAUCCCACCGCUCCAAAGGUCACUCAGAUACAGUGUCAGGUAGAGGCGCCAAAGUGCUCCAGAAACAGUAUUCAGCAGUGUUCUGCAACACAUGGCAGCUGUGAGGCAACAGAAAAGACCAGGAAAAUCAUUGAAAUAAAUACAGGACAGAGUGAUAAUAUUACAGGAAUUGCACAAAGGACAAAAGUUGUUAGAAAAAUACCUGUUUUCUCAGGUAAUUUGUCUUCAGAAUCAGGUGCAAAUUCUAAAAAUUCAGCAGAUAUUGUUAUCAGGUGCAAUGGAAAUUGUUCUGUAGAAGUGGAAGUUAAGAGACCAAAGAGCAAGUCUGCUCAAAAAGUUCAAGCCAAAAGAAUGGUUUAUGAUGUGGAUUAUUCAAGUAAAAAGAAACAAUCCCAGACGAAAACACUGCCCAAAGAAUUGUCAAAAAGCAACCCUGAUUUAAGAGAACAAACAAAUACUGUGACAGUGGAGGUUACAAAAUUUGAACCAAAUACAAAACGCAAGAGGCUACCUUCCGAAAAAUCAGCUUUGCUGAAAAACAGUGCAAAUAAAGAAUUGUCAAAGAGCUCACCUAACUUGGCAAAUGCUGAUGGCUCUAUGAAUAAAGCAGUCUCCCCAAGGCAUAAUCCACUGAAAGGAAAGAAUUUUCGAAAGAAUUUGGUGUAUUCUGGGCUGGUGAAAAAGAUUGCCGUGAUAAAUACGCCCAUGAAAAACAGGGUCAAAAGCAAUCCUGACAUUACUAAAGAUCUUGAAAUUUUUCACCUUGACAAAGACAAUGACGCAAAAUGUCACGUUCCGACUAAGUCUCCAAGACCAAAAACAGGUACUGUAAGGAAAAUCAAAGCCAAGAAAGCUUCACUUGAUAGCCCAAAGUACCAAACUUUGUCCAAACAGAAAUCAAAAAGCACCCCUGAUUUACGAGAUUUUUUGGGUGGAUGUAAGAGCCCAGUUCCCACAUUAGACAUGUUACAAGGAAAUGCUAUGUGUGGGAACCUGGUGAAAACCAACUAUAACAAAAUGAACAUCAUGAAGUUUUCUGCAAAUUUCUAUUCUGAUAUAAGUGCUGAUCAAGACGACAGUGAAGUGUCAGUGAAUUCAGGUGAAAGGUGUUGCAUUGGAUUACAAACAGAUGAUGGUAGUUUGGAAGAAAAUUGUGCACAAAGUGACACCUCAAGUUCUCAAAAGCUAAAAGCGUUACCAAAGAAAAAGAUAGACUUUGAAACGCCAGAUGGAGAUCUUAUUUCCCAGUCUGCUGUGUCAAGGGAAGUUUUAUCCCAGCCUGCAUUGGAACUUACCCAGGAUAAAGGCACGACUGGUGAACAGGAUAACUCUGCUAAGUCACAAAUACCUACUGUUAAAACCAGUCAGUUGAAAAUUCUGACCAGCUUGAAGUCAUUCAGUCACCUGAGAAAUGACACACCAAAGACAGGCCGACCGACGCAGAUUUCAACAGUUAAUGUGGAUCUUGUAUCGAGGUCGCCUAAUGCAGCAGAGAGAGUUGACGAUAGGGUUACUUGUUCUGAUUCUUCAGAGAUGAACAAGACGUCAGAGGCAGUGAUCUCCUGUGCAGAGAACAAGGAACACCAGGUUAUCAGAGACCUUGAUCCUCAUGCAACACAAUUAUCUCAAGUGACCUUUGACCCAAUUUGCACCAGUACAGGUGAAUUUCAACCUUUUGAUAUAGCCAAACUUGAACAGGAGAUAUGUACAGGUGACAAAGUGACAGAAAGAUAUGCCAUAUCUGAAAGAAAGAUAUUGUUGGGUUCAAAGCCAGAAGAAAGCUCUCACUUAAUGCAAGUUCAGCAGCCAAAUGUGCUGUCAUGUGCUCAGAAUGAUAAAGACUCAGAUUUCGUGCUGAUAAGCAGAGAAAUUGUGGAAGCUCCCACAAAUUCCACAAAUGCUGAAACUGUUCCUUCAAUUCACUGCAGUAUGAAAAGCAAAAAAGUGGGUCCCAAAGUUUCUCCAAAAAGUAAGAAAAAAAUGAACCAUGAUGGCCUGUCAUCGUCAAAGCUUGAGGACGCUAAUUGUGGAACCCAAACUGAUCUAUCACCUGCGAGUGACAAAAGCUGUGAGGAGUGUACUGAUGUACAGGUAAGCUCAGCUCCUCACCUGCCUCUCAGUGAACCAGACUUGCAAGUUUUUGGCAGUUCACUGGGUGCUUCUCCAAGUGAUGUUGAGCAGAGAAACGGGGAAAUCGAGAAAAAAACAGAGGAUGAUUUGUUUUACAAUUAUGAAUCAGAACAUGCAGAAUACACUGAGCAAACGCUCAAGUCCGCCAAUCCACAAACGCUCAAGUCCGCCAAUCCACAAACGCUGCCUCGUGUCAGCGGGCGUUACACUGAGGCUCAGCUCCGCAAAAUCCGCAGCGAAGGGAAAUCUUUGCUGGAAAAACGCUCCAGGGUGCCAAAAGGUCUGGUGGAAGACACUGUUAAUGUUCUGGCGACACACUUGGAAGGAUUGCUUCAGGAUAACCCAGCAGGUUGUGAAGCCAAUGCUCAGCAUGUUGAACCAACUCAUUCAAAGGUGGCCAACUCCGGUGAAUCCAAGGUGAACUUUCUGAAGAAAAGGUUUGAAUCGGAACAAAGCAACCAGGAUUUCAGGAAGCAAAGGGCAAUUGAAAGGUCAAGAGUGCAAAAGAAAAAAAUUCCUCGACCGUUGUCAGUUCAGAUAAUGGAUACUUGUGAAGGUCAACAAAAGCUCGACAUCGGAAGCGGGCGUCAUUCGGUUGUCAUGUCAACCAGCACGGACAGCUCUGUGAGCAGAGAUUCAGGAUUUCCUACUGAUCGGGAGUGCAUGAGUAUAGAAUUCAUGCGGCCCACGGAGUGGCGAGAACGUCCUGUGAGCAUGACAGACUCCGACAUGACAAGUGGAUCGGAAAUGCAGUGUGCAGACUACCUUAUGUUUGAAAACCCUGAAGGGGAUGUAUUGGAUGAAGCGUUGAUGUCACCAAAUCCAGAUGUUUCAUUGGGUGUUGAUGCUGUGACAUUAAGGCAGGUAGAUUCAGAAUUUGUAGAGAGCUCUUAUGAUCAGAAUGCUAAUGAUAUUCUUCCAGAAAACAAGGCAGAAAAAUUUCUGUGUACGAUUGUCACAGAUACUGAGGAUGUGAUCUCAGACUUCAAUGAUGUGAAUUCAAAUUUUCUGAAUGUUGAACUACAUGGUACCGAACUGUCAGAUACUCAAAACCAAGAUAAUGCUUUCCUUGCUCAAAGAUCUGAGUUAACAUAUCCAGACAUGGCUCCAGAAAAUUUGUGUGCCAAAGAUGUGGCCACUGAGUUUGUCUCCUUUCAAGAAAGUCAAGGUUAUUCCCCACAUCCUGAUAUAUGUGUGUACCGUGCACAAAGAGUGGAAUUAUCAAUGGACAACAACUCCAACUUUAUGGAGUCAUCUAGUAUCAUUGAGCCACCAGAAUUCCCAGAAAGAACAAUUAGAUUGACCGAAGGGGAAAAUCAUGUAAGUGAAGCUGAUAAUUGUUCAAAAUGCAUGACAGAUGAGGAAUGUGAGGUUAGGCUGAGACCAAAAACAAAACCCAAAUGUAAAUUCAACAGGAUCAGCAGCACAAUUUCAAUUUUUGAAGGUCAUAAUGUGAAUGGCUCUUCAUCAGCCAACAGAUUUAGUGCGGCCGUGGAUGUUGAUUCUAACUCAAACCUCCGACAACAUCGACUGAGACCCUGUGAAUCGGAAUCAAAACGGACUGAAGCUGACAAGAGAAAUGGUGUUAUUGUGUUGGAAAGUAGACACAACACUUUGAGUGACUUUGAAAAAAGCCGUAAUCAUCAUGCUAAGCAGCAGAGCCAACAUGACUUAACUACAAGAGAAAAUCCUUCCCAACUUGAGGAGGGACAAGAUAAUACAAGCAGAGCUGAAGACAGUGAACAGUUGUUCCAAAAUGAACGUGGAAAUGCAAGUGAUUAUAAAUGUAAGGAGGACCAGAUACUAGCUGGAUCUAUUUAUCCCAUAAACACAGCUCAUGUAGCUGAUGAUGGAGAAGUAAAUUUGAAAUUCCAAAACUUUGGCCAAAGUCCAAAAGACUGUGACUAUCAGUGUACUGAUCCUGAUUUAAAAUCCAUCGCCAAGAAACAGUUGUUGUCUGGUGAUGGUGCAGCAGGAAGUCACAGUGCAAAUCACUCCCAAGAAAUAUUUGGUGAAGGAAACUCUCAGGAAGGUGACCGAAUAGUUGGAAUAGAGUCCAAGCCUCCGAGAUCUGUAAAAGAUGACACACAGCCCAUGUCUUUAGAAAGAUGUGGCAGUGGUUUGGAGAAAGCUACUGAUGAUUCUCAGUGUAUUGAAAGUGAUGCAGAAGAAUGUUGUAAAGUAGGCAGGGUUAAAGUUUAUGAUGAACCUACAUGUAAAGGAAUGGAUUUGCCAAACACCACUCAUGCAAAUGUAGCUGAAGGGCAGCCAAAUAACAAGAACGUUGCUGUUAUCCAGGUGACGGAAUUGCAGUCCAAACCACGAAGGUACAAAUCUCCUGCUAGGGAUUCGAAUUCUUUUGUUACUCCUGCAAGAUAUCAAACUAGGGAGGCCAGGGCCCAGACAAGAGAAGUUCGCACUCAGUUACGACGGUCCCGAUCGCACUCGAGAGAGUCUACUGAACGCAGUCAUGGGGAUAAUGGUCAACAAUCAGUGUCACCUGUGCGACAAAGUCGUUCUCAUUCAAGAUCAAGCAGAUCUUCUGUGAGAAAUUCUCCAACUUUGCAAACAAGAAAAUCAAGGUCACAUAGUAGAGAGACCAACAACGCAGAAGGCGAAAGGCAAGAAUCAGAAGAGAUAUGUCCAAAUAAGGCGACCAGAAAGAAAGCAACAGAGGUACAGACCAAUGUAACUGGCACAGAUAUCUGUCCAACCGAAGACCAAGUCAAACCUCAACCAAGCUGUAGGAAAAGCCACUCUUUCUCUGAAGUCUUGUCAAAAGUUCAUUCCAACAUUGACUACCAAUUUAUUCCAAAAGACCAAUCAAGCAUUGAACCCAAUUCCAUGUCAGAGUCACCCAAAACCAAAGAGCCGCCAGUAGUUGCGAAAAAACCGAAACACCGUCUUAGAGGCUCUCAGUCUCCUUCCAGGAAGUCUCCUCCUAACACCCAGAAUGCAUCAGAAACUGCCAAAGGAAUUGCUGAAACAUGUCCAAAUAUAUGUUCAGAGUCACCUUCAAGGGAACUAAGAGCUUUUUCUCAGUCUCCAACGAUGGCUUCACAGCCAAACCAGUCAGGGGUUGAGAAAACACCAACCCCUGCAGUACCGCCGAUCAAAGUGGAAUGGCAGUACCAAUCUACCAGGCUUCCCGGAUCGUGUGAACAGAAACACAAAACUGAUUCAGUCACAUCGACCCCUCAAAAGGUGCAACCAAAACUUCAGAGGGGUAGAAUGACCAAGCGAAUGAAGUCGCCCGUGAGGGAUAUAUUCCCAAAUAAACUAAGCGUUGCUGUAAUGGAUAAUACCCGUCUGGCAGCGCUGAGUCCUGAGCGGAGAGAAGCAGAGAGACUCUACGAAAGGGCACUGGCAGAGCUGUCAUUUGACCAAGGUGAAGAAGAUGAAAAUGAUACGACCUUGAUCGCAACCAGCGAGAACUCCAGUUCACCAUUUUACACCCCAUCAGCCAGUCGUGCUGAACCAGGAUUUGAAUCUCCUCGAACACGGUUACGUAGAAGUGCUAGUUUGCCAACUGCGGACUUUACGCAAGACAACGAAGCUUAUGUGAAUGGGUUAGGAUCUCGUUCUCCGAGAAUCAUUGUUAAUGCGAAUGAGGGCGACGAUGAUGACGAUGACUUGUGCGAACCUGACAUGGGUCACACCCCUUUUGCAACCCCUGAAUGGUCGCCUGAUUCAUCGAGCGUGCAAAAAAGGCGAAAUUUGAACGCCGCUUCACAAAAUGAAGGCUUCUUCACUCCGGCACGGCCAUCUUCGUACCAGAAUGCCAUGGCAACGGCUCUCCUCUCUCCAGGCGAGGAUCCAUGGUCACCUUUCACAGGGCCCGUCCAUCAUAUUGUGUUGCCACGGCAACAGAGCAUGGUAGACAUCCCGUUUAAUUGUCCAGAGGAAUACAUAGAUGACGAUCAAGAGGCCCUGAAAUAUCAUACAAUUGGUCGUUGUCAGACAAGCCUUAUGGCAGAGUGUCCCAGAUUGCAGCGCAAUCCCAGCUUUUACGCUGCUCAAAAGAAAGCCAUUCCAUUGGCGGUUUCAGCUGCUUCGCAUGUUUCCUCCCCCAUUUGGGAAGAGCAGAGCAGUUACGAUGAUGAGGUGUUCACGAGCUCAGGAAGCAGUGACCGAAGUUUCGAGAAAACGAGAGAAGCCAAAAGCCCUGGUAUAAUCAAGCGUAUGCUUAGGCGACAUCGAUCGUUCAACGAUCGUGACAAAGACAGGAAAGACGUGGGAAACACCAGCGGGUCCAAGGACCAAUCAUUUUUCAAGUUCCCAGCAUUGAAAUCCAUUCUGCGACGUGGAAGUAAAGAUCUCAUAAAACUUGCUGAAACUCAGAAAGACAACGAAAGUGUCCAUAAUGAUCAAAACAAUGUGGAACAAGCACCGUUAGCGAAGUUCCAGCGAGACAGCGACAUCGAAUCAGUACCUGGAUCUCCUUACGCAUCAAGCCGACGCCUCAGGCGCAGUUUAACAGCUGGUGAAUUGACUGGUUUCCGAGGUGAAAAGCGCGCGUCGCUUGUGGACCAGAUUCCUGUAAAAUACAAUACGUUCAUGUGCUCAGAUGACGACAAUGACAAUGAAAACGACAGCAUCAGUAUUCAGUCCUUAAACGCGUCACCUAUUCACAGUCCAACGCCAUGCCCACCUCUGCCCUCUCGGCAAAAGCCUUACUCUCGGAGCAGCUCUUUUUCAGUGCAUUUUACGGACCAGUCCCACACGGAGGAAUACUCAGAUAGUGACAAACCGCCCUCUAGUGGGGAAUGUGUACCCAUGGAUCCACUACGGAAUCAUUUCCUACACAGGGAUGUUACCUCUAGCAACAGCAACGACAGUGGCAUUCAGAACGAUUCCAGCACUCACUCCAGCAACGAGUCACUCAAGGGUCAGCAAGUCAUACGGCGAGAAAUGUCCCGGCGCCACCAUGAGCGCCCCAAGUCUGACUGCAGCGUGAGAUGGGCGCAUAACCUGGACACCUCUGCUGAGGAGGACGGGCUUGACAGCCGACAGCUCCGCCCACGGCGCCCAAGAACAGAAAGAACCAAUUCUGAUCUGGGUGAUUUGACAACGCUAACAAUGGCUGUGCAGCAGUUCAAUCAGUUAACGAAGAUGCCUCAUAGUUUAUCCAUGAAGAACAUUCGAAGGAAAAAGUUUAUAGAUGGGGAAUGUGGAGGCAAGUCAAGACGGAUGUCCACUCCACAUCCUAUCAAGAGUCGGCAAGAAAAGCCUCGGCCCGACACGGCUAAGAAGGCCACCCUGCACCGGUCACUCAGCAUGCCGGUCAACCUGGACAAAUUGAGGCGGCGGAAGCGUAUCACCAGCUUUUUUGGUUUUGACGAAUCAGGAAACUAUUGCUCUCCGGAUCAUUACUCAGAUGAUUCGUCAGACGAAUCAGAGAACUCCAUGGAGAUCGGUGUUAAAGACAAGUGUCACAGUACUAGGGCUUCACAUGUCGCACUCACCAGUAUUACAGAGAAACCAUACGAAGAGUGUUUGACGUACGCUGAAGCAUUGUGGGACCAUGUGACCAUGGAUCCCGAGGAGCUUGGCUUUCGCGCCGGUGAUGUGAUUGAGGUCACAGACACCGCAGACAAAGACUGGUGGUGGGGCGCCGUCGAUGAUCGAGAAGGAUGGUUUCCAGCUGCUUUUGUCAGGUUGCGAGCCAACCAGGGUCAGCUAGAAGAAGAGGAGGUGCUGGCUCAGCCGAUAGAAUCCAUGCACACGGCGUUCCCGAGUCCCGAACCAUCACGGCGCCUCACAUCCACGGGGGGAGUCAGUCGUGAACAGGCACGAACAAAUGUUAUUAACGAAAUCCUGCAGGCCGAGAAAGAUUAUGUCAAGCAUUUACAUGAUGUUAUUGAGGGAUACAUCCAUCAGGCCAGACGCCAUCCCGCCAUGUUCAGUGAAAACAGGAUACGAAUCUUGUUUGGGAACCUGGAAGACAUUUACAAUGUUUCGAAGCAGUUUGUGACAGACCUGGAGAAAAGCUAUAACUCAGGUUUACCUCACUUGACAGAAGUUGGCCAGUGUUUCUUGAACAGUAAAAAAGAUUUCGAGAUUUACUCCGACUACUGCAACAACCACCCUGAUGCCUGCAAGGAACUACAGGAGCUUUACAGGAAUAAACGAUAUCGACAUUUCUUUGAGGCUUGCAGACUUCUUCAAGAAAUGAUCCAGAUCCCGUUGGAAGGAUUUCUUCUCACGCCUGUUCAGAAAAUCUGCAAAUAUCCUCUGCAGUUGUCGGAACUGCUCAAAUUUACGGAUCCCGAUCACAGUGAUUAUGACAACGUUUGCCAGGCGCUGGACGCAAUGAAGAGGAUUGCAUGCCUUAUCAAUGAGCGCAAACGCAAAAUGGAAAGCAUUGCCAAAAUAUCGGCAUGGCAACAAAGUGUGGAAGAUUGGGAGGGCUCAGAUUUACUCGAGUUGAGUUCAGAAUUAAUAACGUCGGGUGAAGCUCAUAAGAUUAACCGCAGUGGACGAUCUCAAGAAAGGACUUUGUUUUUGUUUGACCAUCAGCUCAUCUACUGCAAAAAGGAUUUACUUAGACGGAAUGGAUUUUGUUACAAGGGAAGAGUUUUACUGGACCAUUGUGAUCUUAUCAUGCUUCCUGAUGGAAAAGAUCUCCAGUACAAUGUGAAUGUGAAGAACGGCUGGAAACUACAUGACAAAUCUCAGGACAAGUGGUUCCUGUUCUCCUCUAAGACUCCCGCAGAGAGAGAAAAGUGGAUUCGGGCAUUCUCUCAGGAAAGACAGCAGGUCAAAGAGGACAAGAAAAUGCACUACCACUAG